AUGAAUCAGCAAUUAUUGGCAGCGUAUACAGAUGAUGAAAUUCAGGCAGCAUUAUUUCAGAUGCAUCCUUCCAAGGCCCCGGGUCCAGACGGCAUGUCUCCUUUCUUCUUCCAGAAGUAUUGGGACAUUGUAGGUAGUGAUGUAUGUAGGGCAGUACGCUCUUUUCUGGUUUCUAGAAAUCUUAUCAGAGAGGUGAACUUUACUCAUGUCACCCUUAUUCCAAAGGUGAAGGACCCGAAAGAUAUGACUGAGUUAAGGCCUAUUGCACUAUGUAAUGUGGUAUACCGAAUUUGCUCUAAAGUGUUGGCCAAUAGAUUGAAGAAGAUUUUGGGAGAGGUUAUAUCUCCACUACAGAGUGCAUUUGUACCAGGCCGAUUGAUCUCUGACAAUACUUUAGUGGCCACUGAGGUGGCUCAUUUUCUACAUAAGAAGAGAAGCGGGGAGGAGUAUUUCUCUCUAAAACUUGACAUUAGUAAAGCGUACGACAAGCUGGAGUGGAAUUUUUUGAGACAGAUCCUUUUAAAGUUAGGGUUUGCAGAAGAGUGGGUGGAUCUAGUGAUGGCUAGUAUUCAAACAGUCAACUAUUCCUUCUUAGUGAAUGGAGAAGUCCGGGGUUAUGUUCGACCAUCUAGGGGUAUUAGACAAGAUGAUAGUUUUCUGUUUGGCGCUGCAACUGAAGAGGAAUGUCAGCAAUUCAGAAAUAUUUUAUAUGCCUACGAGAUAGCUUCUGGGCAGAGAGUAAAUCUACAGAAAAGCAAUGUCGGUUUUAGUAAGAAUGUUAGUAUGGACAGACAAUUGUAUCUGGCAGAUAUCCUUGGGGUGCAAAGGGUGGAUAAACAUGAGAAAUAUCUUGGCUUGCCUACCCAUGUUGGAAGAUCAAAGACAGCUGCAUUUGCUUACUUGAAAGAGAAACUUACAAAGAAAGUCGCCAGCUGGAGAGCCAAAUUAUUAAGCGGUGCAGCUGGUUUAGGGGAUACACCCUCAUUUUCAUGGAGGAGCAUUGUGGAAGCUAGGCAGGUGUUAGUACAGGGCCUCAGAUGGCAAGUUGGGAAUUUUGAGCGUAUUGAGAUAUGGAAUCAUAAUUGGAUUCCAGAUGUGUACCCCAGAGGGCCGUCUUCACCUCCUCUGUAUGGUGCACCCCGUUUUGUUGAGGAGCUCAUUGACUCAAUUACUCGGAAUUGGGAUUGUGCAUACUUUGUUGCUCGUGAUUUGGCUUUGGGAUUAAUUUUAGCCCCUCCACCACCUAUUGAUUCUUAUAAGGCAAUUUGGAAGGCAAUAUGGGAUGCUAAAGUACCUAGCAAGUUAGCUCUACAUGCAUGGAAGACAGCAGUUAAUAUUCUUCCUACACGGGUGGGAUUGAGUACUAAAGGCUAUAAUGGAGAGAUGGGGUGUUUAUUGUGUCUUCAUACUUUGGAAAACAGCUUGCAUGUUUUUGUUGAUUGUCCAUAUGCACAGGAAGUUUGGCAUAGAGCUGGUUUACAGCUGCCUACUGGGCCGGGUGACAAUUUUAUAGAUUGGUUUUUGGGUGCAAUCAAUAGUUUGACAAAGGAGCAGAUAGCUAGGUGUUUGAUGCUCUUAUGGAGGAUUUGGAAAAACAGGAAUAGUCAAUUAUGGGAACAUCAGAGACAACAUGCAUCUGAGGCUGUGUUGCUCACUAUGGGUUGGUAUGAGGAAUUCAAAAAAGUAAAUGUGCAGCCAACGGAGAGUAGGAGACAAUUGGUGAAAUGGACAAGACCACAAGCGAAUUGGAUGAAGGUUAAUUGUGAUGGUGCAUACCAGCUGGCAACAAGAAAGGGGGGUGCUGGAGUUGUGAUUCGAGAUGCUAAUGGUGAUUUUCAAGCUGGUGCUGCUAGACUUCUCCCUUUAGUAACGUCGCCUUUCCAUGCGGAAUUGAUGGUGUUAAAGGAAGGGAUCAAUUUGGCAGUGGCAUUACAGCAUGAGCAGGGACUGAAAAAUCAUUCAAAAAUCUAUAUUGGCGUGAAGACAUUGGGUGAUCUUGACUUGAAGGCAUUUCAAGUUGCAGCCAAGAGAAGAUAUACUGCAUUAGAAGAAGCAAAUGAUAGGGCAGUGGAGUUGUGCUCUAUGUGGGAGGAUUAUGUUGAGGAUUCUAAUUGGAACCCAUACAAGGUUAUUAUGGAUGAGACAGGAAAAAGAAUGGAAAUUAUUGAUGAAGAAGAUAAAAAGUUGAAAAAUUUGAAGACUGAGCAUGUAAACCAUAUAAUUCUAACAAGUGCCAAUUCUAUUUUGUUAUCAGUAGAGCAGAAAUGA